UCGCGUCCCUGCCCCUGCUCCAUCCUGCUCCUCACUGGAGCAUCUCCCCGGUGCCAGAGCCCAGAUGGAGCCUCGGAGGCUGAGCAAGGUUCACACCAGAGGGGCCGAGCCUUGAAUUUGGUCCGCUGCCCACACGGGGAGGGAGGAAAGCAGAGAGGAGGACGGCUCCGUGCCCGUCCGCCCUCCGUGCGCCCGUCCGUCCGCAACAGGAAACUCAACACCGCGGUGCUGGGGACAAAGCGCUGAGCUGUCCCUUCCUGCUGCCCAGCCUAUAAAACCUCCUGGGGGGCCGCCAGCUGCCCCAGCUCUCUGCCUACAGGAGAGGGGGCUUCGGGCCGCUGCCGUGCCCGGCACCAUGGCCACGGGCGAGCUGACGGAGCUGGAGGCUGCCAUCGAGAAGAUCGUCACCACCUUCUGCAGCUACGCGGGCAAGGAGGGCAGGAAGGGCACACUGACGGCCAGCGAGUUUCAGGAGCUGGUCCAGCUCCAGCUGCCCAACCUGUUGAAGGAUGUCCCCUCCCUGGAGGAUAAGAUGAGGGAGCUGGACGUGAACAACGAUCAGGAGCUGAAAUUCGGGGAGUACUGGAGGCUGAUUGGAGAGCUGGCCAAGGCCAUGAGGAAGCAGAAUGCAGGGAAGAAGUGAUUAGGCUGGUGGGGAGCUAAUAAAGGUGUCCUCAGCCUGAA